AACUCUUCUACAAAAUCUUGGUCUUGUCAAUGCCUCACUCAUUAAAGAAUAACUGUGAAAUUGGAUUGUGCUCUAACAGUCAGCCCAAUGGCAACCUCAAACUCCAGCAGCAUCGUGUCCUCCACAUUCUACCUCACAGGCAUCCCUGGCUAUGAAGAAUUUCACCACUGGAUUUCCAUCCCAUUCUGCUUCCUUUACCUUGUUGGAAUAACAGGCAACUGCAUGAUCCUGCACAUUGUACGGACAGACCCCAGACUCCAUGAGCCCAUGUAUUACUUCCUGGCUAUGCUUUCACUCACUGACAUGGCCAUGUCCCUGCCCACAAUGAUUUCACUUUUUAGAGUGUUGUGGUCCAUUUCAAGAGAGAUCCAGUUCAAUAUCUGUGUGGUCCAAAUGUUUCUGAUUCAUACCUUUUCCUUCACUGAAUCAUCUGUACUCCUGGCCAUGGCCCUUGACCGGUAUGUGGCCAUCUGCCACCCCCUGAGAUAUGCUACCAUUCUCACCCCAAAACUUAUUGCCAAGAUUGGAACUGCAGCUCUGCUCAGGAGUUCUAUUUUGAUAAUUCCACUUAUGGCCCGUCUAGCAUUCUUUCCCUUCUGCCGCUCCCAUGUUCUUUCUCAUUCCUAUUGUCUGCACCAAGACAUGAUCCGCCUUGCCUGUGCUGACAUCAAAUUCAAUGUCAUAUAUGGGCUAGUCCUCAUUACUUUGCUGUGGGGCAUGGACUCCCUGGGCAUUUUUGUAUCUUAUGUUUUUAUCCUUCACUCAGUGUUAAAAAUUGCAUCCCGUGAGGGUAGGCUUAAGGCACUCAACACAUGUGCAUCUCACAUCUGUGCUGUGCUCAUUCUAUAUGUGCCCAUGAUAGGAUUAUCUAUUGUCCAUCGUUUUGCCAAGCAUUCCUCUCCCCUCAUUCACAUCUUCAUGGCUCAUAUUUACUUAUUGGUUCCACCAGUGCUUAACCCCAUCAUAUACAGUGUGAAGACCAAGCAGAUCCGCCAAGGAAUCCUCCAUCUGAUUUGUUCUCCCAAAAUCAGUUCUAUCACAAUGUAGGCAUGUCAUCAAGGUAAGAAAGGCAUCAGUACUUGCGAUGUGAAUCCUGGUAAACUGUCUGCUUCUGAGUAGUCAACAAAAGACUAGAUAAAAAGCAGAAACAAGUCAACAAAACACCACAAAGAGGCUGUGACAUAGCAUGCUGAUGUCCACUGUGUCUAGAAAGCCUGUCUUCAUAUUUGUUUCAUAAAUCUUCAGUUAUGGAUAUGUUGCAGAGUAGUGUAUUGGUAAUCAUUCCCAUUUAUUCUCUGCCACCUCCAUCACAAACUUUGUUCAGGAUGAUUUAUCCAUGAAUAUAAUGACUUCAUAUUACUUU